AGAGUUUCCCAUUCUUUAGGUCGAGAUUCAGAGCCCACCAUACUGAAAUCCUAGGUUUGGGAAAAAGGAUGAUAUUUGAAGGAUCUGUUAGCUUUAAAGGGAAGGAAUUGGAGAGGAUGCACUCAACAAAGUCUACUUCCGUAGAUAAAGAAAACAAUGAGCAAUUUGAAGCAGUGAGCCCGAAGUGCACGGUAAUUGAUGCUCAGUCCCCAAGUUCAGAUGGUUCAGAAGGGUCUAUCCAACAAUUGCCAAUUUUGGAUCUGAGCAAUCCGAAUCAUGAGGCGGCAAUAAAACUGCAAAAAGAGUACAAGAGUUUUCGAACAAGAAGAAAGUUAGCAGAUUGUGCAGUUCUCAUUGAGCAGAGCUGGUGGAAGCUCUUGGAUUUUGCUGAACUCAAGCGGAGUUCUAUAUCGUUCUUUGACAGAGAGAAACAUGAAACUGCUAUUUCGCGUUGGUCAAGAGCAAGAACCAGAGCUGCCAAGGUGGGAAAAGGUUUAUCAAAGAAUAGUAAAGCUCAGAAGCUUGCCUUGCAGCAUUGGCUUGAGGCAAUCUGGUUCAUUUUCUUCGGCCAUGUUCUUGCCGGUGCCGCCGGAUUCUGGCUUCUUGCCAUCGAGCCCCCUGCUGUGUGACCUUUAAGCCGGUGAGUUGGUCCCUCUCUGUGCAGAUCUGGAGCUACUUUUUUUUUUUCCUUUGAUUUACAUUCGGGCAUUUGUAAAUUUCUUUGUAGAUCUGUGCAUUUUGGUGCAAGAUCCAUCACCUCUAAGCCUCCACGCGCCUCCAUCCUGCCUUUUGUAAGUUGCAUCACUCUCUGUUUUUUUUUUUUUUCCUUGGAUUUUAGUUUACAAAACUUUAAUUUCGUUUUUGGUAUGUCAAAAUCCAGCUUUUACUGCCUUCAUUGCCUCCACAGCAUUACGGUCCCAUUGACAGAGGUAAUUGAUAUUUUUGUGAUUUUUUUAUACAAAAUUUUAUUGUUUUAUUUGUAGAUUAGUACAGAUUAUUAUUAUUAUUGUAUAAAUUAUCAAUAAAUUU